UCAAGUUUACGUCUUUGAAUACAGAUUCUCUCUCUCUCUCUCUCUCCCUACUAUAGUCUAUGGCGGACAAGAAGAAGAAGAAGAAGCGUGGCGGUGCAAAGAGAAAGAUGACAGUCGAACAGAUAACCGCACACAAGUCCGUCGCCGAAUGGGUUUCUCUCGGCCAUUCUCUCAAGCCCUCCACCGCCCCUCUUGUCAACGACGUUGUUGUUGAUGUUCAUGAUGAUGAUUUCGGAUUGCUUCCCAAUUCAACAACCAACUUUCUUGAAAAGUUCAAAUUCGAAUUUCAUUCUCAUUCCAUCUCUAGCGAUGGCUUCUUAUCGCCCUCCAAGCUCGUCGAGAGAGCCCAUCGAAACGGGGUCAAAGUACUUUCUCUAACUGACCAUGAUACUCUAUCUGGUAUCCCUGAAGCCCUCAAAGCUGCUCAAAAAUUUGGAAUCAAAAUCAUUCCAGGUGUUGAAAUCAGUACUAUUUUCUCUCCAAGGGAGGAGCAGCAGCAGCCUGGUCUGGAGGAACCUGUUCAUAUCUUGGCAUAUUACAGUACUUGUGGGCCUACAAAACCUGAUGUGUUUGAAAAGUUCUUGUCCAAUAUAAGGGAUGGUCGAUAUCUAAGGGCCAGGAACAUGCUGUCUAAAUUAAACAAGCUUAAAUUACCCGUUAGAUGGGAGCAAGUCACUAGAAUCGCCGGAGCUGGAGUUGCUCCGGGAAGAUUGCAUGUGGCUCGGGCAAUGGUUGAAGCUGGAUAUGUUGAGAAUUUGAAACAAGCCUUUUCUAGAUAUCUUCAUGAUGGUGGACCUGCUUAUUCUAAGGGAAGUGAGCCUUCUGUUGAGGAUGCAUUGCAAAUGAUAUGUGAAAGUGGGGGGGUUUCAGUCUUGGCUCAUCCAUGGGCACUGAAGAAUCCUGUUCCAAUCAUAAGGAGGUUGAAAGAUGCAGGUCUUCAUGGGAUAGAGGUUUACAGAAGUGAUGGAAAACUCGCAGUUUUCAGCGACUUAGCGGAUGCUUAUGAUCUAGUAAAGCUGGGAGGAUCGGAUUUCCACGGAAGAGGAGGACACGGUGAGUCGGACAUGGGAAGCGUGAACCUUCCUAUAGUUGCUGUCCAUGAAUUCCUGAAGAUGGCUAGGCCAAUUUGGUGCGCUUCCAUUAAGAACAGUUUAGAAGAAUACACAGAGGAUCCGUCCCCAUCAAAGUUAGAGUGGAUCAUGAAAUUUGGAAAGAUUAAAGUCCCAAAUGGCGGUUGUAGUAAUAAUGCCGAGUUAGUUGAACUCUGCCUGUCUUCGUGGUUCACGAAAGAAGAAAGACAGAACUUGGUUUUUGAUGCUCUCAAGUUAAAGCUUUCCAAAGUUUCAUUUGGUGCUAAAGAAGAUAUUCAAGUUCCCAUGGAAAUCUAAAUUUUGAAGUAUAAUUUGUUGUUCUGUCUUUUGUUGGUCUUAUUUCUUCAUCCAUGUACUAGUAAUAAUAAUUUAGGUAGUUGUUGUUUUGAUUUAGCUCAUAAUAAUGACUAAAGAAAAAUUAACAAACACAAGAAUGGAAACCCUUACUUUGCUUUUUCUU